UUAUAUUUUUUUCAAGAAAUUGUAAUCUUUUUUUUCAAACAUGCCGGAGUUCAAUAAUUUUAAUUUAAAAACCACAAUUGACUGCAAGCAAGGUGCAGUUCGCGCUGUGCGGUAUAAUGUUGAUGGAACAUAUUGCCUGAGCUGCGGAUCUGACAAGAAGAUAAAACUUUGGAAUCCGGGUUCAGGGCUUCUCCUCAAGACCUACGGAGGUCAUGCAGACGAAGUGACUGAUGCAGCGCAGGGUAGCUGUGAUAGUAGCUACAUUGUAUCAGCCAGCUUGGACAAGAGUAUUAUAUACUGGGAUGUGUCUACUGGAGCUCCAGUUCGACGCCUGCGCAGCCACGCCGGUGGAGUUCGGUGCGUGUGUUUCAACGAAGACUCUACGGUGGCCAUUUCGGGAGGCAGGGACAAUGCCGUAAUGUGUUGGGACAUUCGAACGCGUCGCCUGGAUCCCAUUCAGGUCAUGAAAGAGGCAUGCGACUGCAUUACCACGGUAGCAACUAACGAGAAUCGGAUCUACGCAGCCUCUUUGGACGGAUGUGUGCGAACUUACGAUAUUCGAGUCGGUGAACUCACCUGCGAUAAGGUUGGUGAACCCAUCACCUACCUGGCACAGACGCGAGAUGAGCAAUGUCUUGUUGCUGGCUGUCAAGACGGCGUGGUGCGACUCAUGGACUGCGAGACGGGAGGACUUCUCUCCGAAUACAAGGGACAUCGCAGUGAUGACUACCACAUAGAGUGCGGAAUACUGGCUAACGAUGCUCAUAUAGUGACUGGUUCUACUGAUGGUGAUGCCUUCAUAUACGAUCUCCUCGAAACAAAAAUUCUCCAGCGCAUCCGAAUAAGUGAUAAUGGCGGUGUAGUUCACUCCCUAGCCACACAUCCUAAGCGACAGGAAAUGCUUUUCGCCAGACGACGGGAUGUGUACGUUUUCACCGCAGAUCUUCAAAUCGAAGAGGAGCAACUAUAGUUCCAAAUAUACAACGUAUAUGUAGCUUUUUAUAUUUAGUCUUUAAGAUAGCAUUAUGAAUAAAAAUAACAUAGAAAAUUUA